AUGGACAUGCACGUUCCUUUUACCCUGUGCGCCUUCCUCUUUUUUGGAGUGAUCAGUUCCCAUCCAGUCCCAAGAAAGCUUUUUGGGGAGAUCAGAUCCCCUGGUUAUCCCAAGACGUAUCCCAACAAUAACAUCAGCAGAUGGGACAUCCAUGUCCCAAAAGGCUACGUGGUGAAGCUGACCUUCAGAUAUUUCGACCUGGAGCCAUCUGAGUCCUGCUUCUAUGACUACGUUAAGAUCAAAGCCGACAAGAAGAACUUGGGCCGAUACUGCGGCCAGCUUGGGUCAACCACAGGCAAUCACCCAGGAAGAAAGGAAUUUGUAUCUAAGGGGAACAGGAUGCACCUGGCAUUUCACUCUGACUUCUCCAAUGAAGACAAUGGCACGGUGAUUCCCUACAGGGGCUUUCUGGCCUAUUACCAAGCUGUGGAUCUUGAUGAAUGUGACCCUAAAAAUGCUGCUGAGGAAGAUGAAAGGCCUUGGUGCCAGCACUUCUGCCACAACUAUGUGGGUGGCUACUUCUGUUCUUGCCGGACUGGCUACCAGCUUCAGAGUGACCACCACUCCUGCAAAGCGGACUGCAGCAGUGAGUUGUUCACAGAGACAUCUGGGUACCUGAGCAGCCCUGAGUACCCCCAGCCUUAUCCUGAAGACCUCCAGUGUAACUACAGCAUCCGUCUGCAAAAGGGCCUGUCUAUCAUCCUCAAGUUCUUGGAACCUUUUGAGAUUGAUGAACACCAGCAAGUCCACUGUCCUUAUGACCAGCUCAAGAUCCAAGCACGAGGGAGACAGAUCGGUGAAUUCUGUGGCAAGGAGUCACCUGGCAGCAUUGAAACCAACAGCAAUGAGGUGGACAUACUCUUCCUCACUGAUGGGUCAGGGUUCAGCCGUGGCUGGAAGAUCCACUACACCUCAGAGAAAAUACGGUGCCCACAGCCUGUCCCACAGGAUCAGUUUACCAUCAUCAGAGACCUGCAGCCUGUGUAUCAAUUUCAGGACUAUUUCAUUGUCAGCUGCAAGACUGGGUAUAACCUGAUGGAGGGCAACCGAAAGCUGCUGUCCUUCACGGCUGUCUGCCAGGCUGAUGGGACAUGGCAUCAGUCCAUGCCCCGCUGUGAAAUCGUGAACUGUGGCAACCCUCCACACCUGACCAAUGGGGCAUUCAGCUAUGUUAACAAACCUGCAAACAACAACUACCAGUCAGUGAUCACGUACCAAUGCAAUGAGCCAUAUUAUCACAUUGUCACCGGAACCGGGGGUGACAGAUUCACCUGCUCUCCUGAGGGAACCUGGGUGGAUCAAGAUGGCCAGGUGAGGAUUCCUGCCUGCUUGCCAGUGUGUGGGAAGCCGGUCAGCCCCGUUACUGAAGUCCAGCGGAUCAUGGGCGGCAAGUCAGCAAAGAGAGGCAAUUUCCCUUGGCAGGCUCUGACUGGCAUCCACGGACGAGGGGGUGGUGCGCUCCUGGGAGACCGCUGGAUCCUGACCGCUGCCCACACCAUCUUCCCCAAAGGGGCAGGAGGGAACAAUGUAAGCCUGGAGCAGCUGGCAGAGGAGGCUAACAUAUUCCUCGGCCACACCAAGGUAGAAGAGCUCCACAAGAUGGGUAACCACCCUGUACGUAGGAUCUUUAUCCAUCCAGAUUACAACCCUAAAGAUGACCACAACUUCAACGGGGACAUAGCCCUGCUGGAGCUGAAACACCCGGUAACCCUGGGCCCUACGGUACUGCCCAUCUGUCUCCCAGAUACUACCAACACCACGUUCUACAUGGAUGGGCACAUGGGCUACGUGAGUGGCUUUGGUGUGGAAAAAAACUUUAUUUCAAAUCAUCUGAAGUACGUGAGCCUACCAGCGGUUGCUCGAGAGAAGUGUCAGAGUUGGCUGGACAGUAAGAAGAGAGACAUGCCUAUGAUUUUCUCUGAGAACAUGUUCUGUGCUGGAUUCCUCACAGUCAAACAGGAUACCUGCCAGGGGGAUAGUGGGAGCGUCUUCACGGUGUUAGACACAGAAAGUGGUCGCUGGGUGGCUACCGGUAUUGUUUCUUGGGGUAUCGGCUGUGCCGAAGGCUAUGGCUUCUACACCAAGAUCCUCAACUAUUUGGACUGGAUCAAAGGGAUAGUAAGGGAGGAUAGGCUCUAA